GGUUCAGAGUAAGCGCACAACACCGGCCAUGGCUCGCCCCGGGCGGGCGGAAAAGCAAAUCAAACAUACCUUCCCAAGUCGAGCAAUUCUUUGUUGAUGCGUUUUAAAGACAUGUCAGAUGAUUAUAUGGAGCUGGAUUGGGAGAAAGAAAAAGCGAGGGCUUGGACGAGGAAGGAAAUUUCCGCUUGCGGGUGCGCAGUGGCACCGUGGGUGGCGACUGCACACAGCGCGCCCAUUCCAGCGGGUUCCACCGCACGACAGCAAGAGACCAGAGGGCCAGGUCACGUGCAAGGGCGGAGUCACACGAGUGAACACCACAGAGAGCCUGGUGGAAUUUGCAUCUGCUUGUUUUAUCCUGCUACUGCUGGCGACGGCAGAAGUCGCAGAUGGAGACAGGAUCGGCCGGAUGCUGUAGGUGGCUUUGCGCCGUCUCGGUACUCAUUGCCAACUGCGAAUAUUAUUAUGGUUCCAGGGCUCGCUCACAGCGAACGGCUAUAUAGCUGAAGCAUGAAAUGCGAAACACUGGUGCUGAAGCUCCUGAGACAUGGCGUGUCCUGGAGAUAAACGAUUUUGUGCUAUGCCGUGACCGAGAAAACUGGGCCUUGGG